UGGCUCAGUACCAGACCCUGCCCAGCUGGGAUCCCAACCCUGCCAGGGAGCCACGAGGCGAGUGUGUGAACGCACCGCUCUUCUCUCGCUCUGCAUCAAGUGAAACACACAUACACUUAACUCCAGCUGCAGCCGCCGAAACCUCUCCGCUGCCGCUGAGAAGAACCUCUAUUGAGCAUGGCCGUGUCACCAAGGGCCCUGGCACUUCUGCCCCUGGCGCUCGCCCUGCUCAGCCUGGCGCCGGCGCCCGCCUUGGGAGGAUGCCCGUCGGCCUGCCGGUGCUCCUUCGCCAUGCUGCAGUGUCUGGAACCGGACGGGAUCACCAGCGUCCCCACUCUGGCAGCGCAGGAGAGCGAGAAUGUGACGGAGAUAUACAUCGAAAACCAAGUUGGCCUGGAGAAUAUAACAGAAUUUGAUCUUGUUAACUACAAGGAGCUGAAGAACCUCACCGUCACGUCGUGUAAGCUGAGGCUCAUCUCUGCCAACGCCUUCCAAUACAACCUCAAGCUCCAGUAUGUGAACCUGGCAUCAAACUCUCUGGAGCUCAUCUCCUGGAGGGUGUUUCGUUUACUACCUUUGCUCAACCUGGUUUUGAGGGACAACCCGCUCGUUUGCUCAUGUGAUCUCUACUGGCUGCAGGAGUGGCAGCGUAAUGAUCGCGGCGACCUGGACAACCAAAUGUUGUCGUGUUUCUCUGACAACCAGGAAGUGCCCCUCAACUCUCUGGUGAUAGAUAACUGCAGUUUGCCCGUUGUGAACAUUGUCUCCUCCAAGAACAAGAUCCAAGAAGGAGGCAACCUGACGUUUGAGUGUCACGUGACAGGAAGCCCCACUCCCAGUGUGCGAUGGCGAACUGAUGAGCUCAACUCUCCGUUCUUUACCCAGGAGAGAAUCUUGGGCUCCACAUUGGAGCUGGUCCUUUUCCUCAGCAACGUUUCUUCCAAAGACAACCUGCGCAAUCUCUCUUGUGAGGCCGAGAACCAAGCUGGGCCCAGGGAGGAGAUGGUGACACUGGACAUUGAGUUUCCAGUCAGAAUCCUCUUCCUGAGAGACGCUGUGCAGCAGCAUUUCUGGUGUUUCCCCUUUGCCGUGGAUGGCAACCCGGAGCCGAGCAUCAACUGGCUGUACAAUGGCAAAGUCCUGAGAGAGAGCGUCUACACGUACACGCAGUUCAUCACCGACUCGUCUGACGGGUCGGUGAAACACGGCUGUCUCUUCCUCAACAAGCCGACGCACAUCAACAACGGCUUCUACACGCUGAUCGUGCAGAACAAACUGGGAAGGGACGAGGCCACGGCCAACGGGUCGUUCAUGACCAACCCCUUCGACCCGCUCGACCCUGAGGGGAUCAUUCCCUUCCUUGACAUGGAUCCAAUUCCAACAAACAAAUCCGACAUGGAUGUCACAGAGAACCCGGAGAGUCGGGUGUUUGUGGUGUCGGUGGCCUCGGGUCUCGCUGUGUUCGCCUGCACUUUCCUUCUCAUCACGGUUCUGGUGAUCAACAAGUGUGGCCAGCAGUCCAAGUUUGGCAUUCACCGAUCGUCGGUUUUGGGCACCGAGGACGACCUGGCAGUGUCACUCCGCUUCAUGAACUUUGGAACCAGCCCGCCUUCCUCAGACGAAGACUCUGGUUUGUCCAGCUUCGUAGAGAAUCCACAGUACUUCUGCGGCAUCAUCAAGGACAAAGACAUGUGUGUCCAGCAUAUCAAACGACAGGACAUUGUGUUGAAGUGGGAGCUGGGCGAAGGAGCGUUCGGCAAAGUCUACCUGGCAGAAUGUGCCAACCUGAGUCCCGACAGCGACAAGAUGCUGGUCGCCAUCAAGACGCUGAAGGACGCCAAUGAGUCGACUCGACAGGACUUCCAGAGGGAGGCGGAGCUGCUGACGGUGCUUCAACACCAGCACAUUGUGCGUUUCUACGGCGUCUGUACGGAUGGAGAGCCACUGGCCAUGGUGUUCGAAUACAUGAGGCACGGAGACCUCAACCGCUUUCUUCGAGCUCACGGCCCCGAUGCUCGUAUCCUGGAGGAGACCAAGAUGCCCCCGCUGGGUCAGCUCACUCUGCCGCAGAUGCUGCAAAUCGCCGCCCAGAUCGCCUCGGGCAUGGUCUACCUGGCAUCGCUGCACUUUGUCCACCGCGACCUGGCGACCCGCAACUGUCUGGUGGGAGAGGGCCUGGUGGUCAAGAUCGGGGACUUCGGCAUGUCUCGAGACAUCUACAGCACAGACUACUACAGGGUGGGCGGACGCACCAUGCUGCCAAUCCGCUGGAUGCCCCCGGAGAGCAUUAUGUACAGGAAGUUCACCACGGAGAGCGACAUCUGGAGCUUCGGCGUCGUCCUCUGGGAGAUCUUCACCUACGGCAAACAGCCCUGGUACCAGCUCUCCAACAGUGAGGCCAUCGAAUGCAUCACGCAGGGACGGGAGCUGGAAAGGCCACGCACCUGCCCCAAGGAGGUGUACAUGCUGAUGCAGGGCUGCUGGCAGAGAGAGCCCCAGCAGCGGAUGGUCAUCAAGGACAUCCACAGCCGCCUGCUGGCCCUGGUCAAGAACCCGCCCGUCUACCUGGACAUCCUGGGAUAGACGGGAGGCAACCAGGGAGCACAAAUCAGAGGAUGGAGGGAGGCUGGCGACUUUGGAUUUGAGACUUUUUAACUUUUAGCUCCAUUAGGUUCCUCUUGGUCUAAGUUUAAAAGUCAUCUUUUUCCCACUCAUCCAUUAAAAGAACCAGUCGGAAGUCAAUGCCCCGGUUCUCCCCGCUGCUGCUUUUCCAGCCUUGACGCUUGAUGGACAAGUGCAAACCUUUUGGCUCUGGCCUUUUUCCCGCUCGAAAACCCCCGAUUUACUGCCCCGCUGUUCUCCGGAAAAGGGAAAGACCAGUCAAAUGUUUACCAAAGCGCUUCGUGUGUAUCCGAGGUUGGAGCCUGACGGAGGGACGUGCAUGGCAAAUUGUUGAAGUGACAGUAUCAGUGUUUUUUUGGUUUUACCAAUCUGAGAAUGCGAUUUCGGACGAAGGCCCGUCGGGGAGCGUGGCUCCGAGGUCCCCGCAGAGUGAGCCGAGCCGAGGCUCAUUCUAUGCGACUACUCCGCUGCCGAACAGUCGUGUCAAAGUCAAAUAGAAAAUUGAAACUGGUGAUUACAAAGGAGCAACGUUCACAUCAUGAGUCCAAAGUGAGAGCCAAUUUUCAGAUGUGGGUUGGGGGUGGGGGGGGGGGGGGUCCCUUUGUACAGUACAGUCACUGAUUUUGGAUAAGUUUUGAUACGGGAGGUUAUUUAAAGGCGUUCAGUAAAUGUAUAUAAGGCUAAGUUGUACAAUCAGAACCUUUGAAAAGCUUGUUGGCUUUUUCAUGUGUCAAAAUCCAGUGUACCAUAUGAGUAUUUUUCGAGAAAGCGAGAACAAAGUGUACAUUAUCAGUGAAAGUGUUCCCUGGUAUGUUACCUACUGUGUUUACAUUUGACCUGGUCUCAGUUUUGCGGUUUAAAAUGUGAUGACGUUGGCUCGUGGGGCCGGCCAGGGGCCUUUGUUCAAAGUUUUGAAAGAUGCGACUGUAAAAAAAAAAAAAAAGAGAGAAAAAAAUCACUGCAGUGAAAUUGAAGUACAGCGGAGAAUGAAUACACGGCGGUGAGGCGACACGCCGAGAUGGUUCCAGAGGUAACAGAUGGAGCAGAGGGACAGAUGGCACUGAAACAGAGACUGGAGCUGAGGC